AUGGAGAUGAUGGUGAUCAUGGUGAUCAUGGUGAUGAUGGAGAUGAUGGAUAGUGAUGAUGUACCUGAUGUGGUGAUGGUGAUUGUGGUGAUGAUGGAGAUGAUGCCAUGGCCCAUGGCCGUGGGCCUCAACAAGGGCCACAAGGUGACGAAGAACGUAAGCCAGCCGAGGCACAGCCGGCGGCGCGGGCGCCUCACAAAGCACAUGAAGUUCGUGCGGGACAUGAUCCGGGAGGUGUGCGGCUUCGCGCCCUUUGAGCGGAGCGCUGUGGAGCUGCUCAAGGUGUCCAAGGACAAGCGCGCACUCAAGUUCAUCAAGAAGCAGGUGAGCACGCACUUACGCGCCAAGAGGAAGCGGGAGGAGCUGAGCAACGUGCUGGCCGCCAUGAGGAAGGCGGCGGCAAAGAAGGACUGA